CUCUCUCUCUCUCUCUCUCUCUCUUACUCAUCUCUCUCCAUUAUUUGAGGGUCUCCCGGAGUUUCAGAGUUCUACACAACCCCCCAAGCUGGCAGCUGGCAGCUGGCAUGUUGGCCCAUUGUCAGGUGUCUCUCUCUCUUUUUACACAGUACACAUACCCCCACCAAGGCUACCUCCAAAAAGAAUUCACAACCAGAACCACUGAUACCCAAAAAACCCCAACUUUCUCUCUCACAUGGGCCUAUAAAUAUAUGAUCGCACCCUCUAUGAUGAUUUGACCGAAAAAGCCGUCGUCAUGACUGAGCUCUAGACACCAUAAAUGGAACUGGGUUGGAGCUCUUCAUCUUCUUCUUCAAACUCAUCUGACUCACUCCACGGGUUGAAGUUUGGCCAGAAAAUUUACUAUGAGGAUGUGGGUGCUGGAGUUCCGGCGAAAUCCGGUGGUGGGUCAUCUGCCGGAGGUGGUUUGCCACCUCCUGCGCCGGCCAGGAAGGGGAGGAGUGGGGUGGUGCAGGGUGGACAACCACCAAGGUGUCAGGUUGAAGGGUGUAGCUUAGAUCUGAGUGAUGCUAAGACUUACUAUUCCAGGCACAAAGUCUGUGGUAUGCACUCCAAGUCACCUAAGGUCAUUGUAGCAGGUCUUGAGCAGAGGUUUUGCCAGCAGUGUAGCAGGUUCCAUCUGCUGCCUGAAUUUGACCAAGGAAAAAGAAGUUGUCGUAGACGCCUGGCUGGCCAUAAUGAGCGACGCAGGAAACCACCUUCUGGAUCUUUACUGUCCUCGCACUAUAGCUUUGCUCCCUCUAUCUUUGAAAACAACAGCAGAGCUGGUGGAGGCUUUGUGAUGGACUUCACUGCCUAUCCAAAAGUUACAGGGAGGGAUCCAUGGCAAGCUACAAGAGCAGCUGAUCGCAUUUCUGGCAAUCAACUCACUUCAACAGAGAAGUUUCUUCCACUUGCAUGGCAGAGCAACUCACAAAAUCCUCCACCUGACCUUCUUCUGCAAGGAUCUUCAACUAGGACUGGAUAUCCUUGUAAUAACAUUCCUCUAGGAGGAUGUUUCACUGGAGCAUCAGAUUCGAGCUGUGCUCUCUCUCUUCUGUCAAAUCAGCCCUGGGGCUCAAUUAACCGACCCACGAGUCUUGGGGCAAAUAACUUUCUGAAUGCAGAUGGCAUGCCCAUUGUCCAUUCGGCAGUUACGAAUGGUGCGGCCAUCAAUCAAUUUCCAAGCACCUCGUGGGGUUUCAGGGGCAAUGAAGUUUGUAGCAGUUCACAUGGUAUGCCUCCUGAUCUGGGUCGUGGUCAAAUUUCAAACACUGCUAGCACUCACUAUUCUGACGAUCUCGAGAUGGCUCAGCAAAGUGGAAGACACUACCUGGAAAUUGAGCACUCUAGGGCUUAUGACUCCUCUGUUCAGAACAUGCCCUGGUCCCUGUGAGUUCUCCAGUUUUCUCUGGUUUUACGGUCUCUUAUGGUGACUUGUGCCAAUGUCUGCUUAGCAACUAGUUGACUAAUGCGGUCAUCUUCUUUGGGAUAAACCUAAGAUGAUUUUUGAUGUGUGUUUUGUGCUUUUGUAUGACUGAUGAACAGGGCAUUAGCUUUGUCUCUAGAUAACCAGUAUGUGGCUACUGUUUGUUUUUAUAUGACUUUUGUUU